CGACUUCCCGGGCGAGCGCGCACCAUGGCCGCGCCCGCGCCGCUGCGGGACUGCCAGGCGUGGAAAGAUGCUGGUCUCCCGCUCUCAACCCCAAGCAAUGAGGCCUGCAGGCUGUUUGAUGCCACCCUGACCCAGUAUGUGAAAUGGACCAACGACAAGACUCUGGGUGGCAUCGAGGGCUGCCUGUCAAAGCUGAAGGCGGCAGAUCCGACCUUCGCGAUGGGCCACGCCAUCUCCAACGGCCUCGUGCUCAUUGGCACUGGGAGCUCUGUGAGGCUGGACAAGGAGCUGGACCUGGCCGUGCGGAACAUGGUGGAGAUGUCCCAAGGCCAGCCACUGACGCAGCGGGAGCGGCUCCACGUGUCCGCGGUGGAGGCCUUCGCCAAGGGAAACUUUCCCAAAGCCUGUGAACUAUGGGAACAGAUUCUCCGGGACCACCCGACGGACAUGCUGGCCCUGAAGUUUUCCCACGACGCCUACUUCUACCUGGGCUACCAGGAGCAGAUGCGAGAUUCUGUGGCUCGAGUUUACCCCUUCUGGACCCCUGACAUCCCCCUUAGCAGCUACGUGAAAGGCAUCUAUUCUUUUGGACUGAUGGAAACCAACUUCUACGAUCAAGCGGAGAAGCUCGCCAAAGAGGCUCUGUCUGUGAACCCGGCGGACGCGUGGUCGGUGCACACCAUCGCCCACGUUCACGAGAUGAAGGCGGAGAUCAAGGAUGGGUUAGACUUCAUGCGGCGCUCCGAAACCCACUGGAAGGGCUCCGACAUGCUGGCUUGUCAUAAUUAUUGGCACUGGGCGUUGUAUCUGAUUGAAAAGGGCGACUACGAGGCCGCACUGACCAUUUACGAUGACCACAUCUUCCCCAGCCUGCAGGCCAGUGGUGCCAUGCUGGACGUGGUGGACAGCUGCUCCAUGCUGUACCGGCUGCAGAUGGAAGGGGUGUCUGUGGGCGAGCGGUGGCAGGAUGUCCUGCCGGUGACCCGGAAGCACAGCUGUGACCACGUCCUGCUGUUCAACGAUGCUCACUUUCUGAUGGCAUCCCUGGGCGCUCGGGACACCCGGACCACGCAGGAGCUGCUGACCACCCUGCAGGAUGUCAGCGAGUCCCCCGGGGAGAACUGCCAGCACCUCCUGGCCCGCGACGUGGGGCUGCCCCUGUGCCAGGCCCUGGUGGAGGCCGAGAACGGGAACGCCGACCGCGUGGUGGAACUCCUCCUGCCCAUCCGCUACCGGGUCACCCAGAUCGGGGGCAGCAAUGCCCAGAGAGACGUCUUCAACCAGCUGCUGAUUCACGCGGCCCUGAAGUGCACCUCUGGUGCCCACAAGCACGUGGCCCGAAGCCUGCUGAUGGAGCGAGACGCCCUGAAGCCCCACUCGCCCCUGACGGAGCGGCUCCUCCGCAAGGCGGCCACUGUCCACCUCCUGCAGUGAGCUGUGCCUGCCGCCCUCGUGCCAGGGCAGCUGCCCAGGCUUCCCGGGCUUAGGAGACACCGGCUAAGGGGCGUCUGCAGCGGUGAACAGGAAGCCUGUGACCAGCAGCGUUAUGGGAGGGGAUGCACAUCUGUGUAAACAUGGUUCAGAAUCUUCUUAUUCUGGUCAAGGGUCAGCGUGGGUGCUGCUGUGACCACUGGCCGUGCAAAUUGUAUUUUCCCAGGGGAGCCUGCGCCUCCUGGUUGUUCAAGGGUCGGAAACGGGGGUGAGGUGGGGCGGCUCAGCUGGGGAGGAGUCUGCACAGCUCCUGGGGCACCCCCACCCCAGGCUGCCCUUGGGAUAAACCCUCGUCUUCACAUCCUCUUCCACGCAGGUUCUGUUGUCCAUCUGGGGGUGAGGAACCAGAGGGGGGCAGUGACUUGCCUAGGCUGCAGCUAGUGGAGGCCCUGCUGAGGCACCUCAGGCCCCUGUCCUGGCUGAGGGGACAUCUCAGCUGCUGCACCCAUGCCUGCCCUCCUCACGAAAGCACGCGCCCAUGGGUGCCCUCUGCCGCCUCUGCCAGCUUCCCGGGGGGUUUGCUGACACUGGUUUGGGUCUGUUUUCUCUUUAUUCUAAAC